AUGGAAGGUGAGGGCUUGAGUUCCUACCCAGUCUUGAUGGGCGUAUCCCCGGAUCCAGACUCGGACAUGGCCUCUUUUCAGCACUUGGAAUCAGUUGACACGAACGAGGAUUCGUUCGACGCAGCAGAUGACUCCCAAGAGUCGGACGAUUCUUUUCAUCAGCCGUACACUAUAAGCCCAGCCAUCGUUGCAUACCCGAGCCAGCAGUGCCGCCAUGAUAACUGCUCUCAUAGUACCGUGACUCGCCAGUGGAGGAUUGAUCAGUACGAAACCUGCAAUAACUGCGGCAGAAGGCCCUUCUUGAGAUGGUUCUACCUGUGUACUGAGGACUCCACCGACUAUGCAGCAUCCACCGAUCGUAACGGUUCACUCCUGAGCGAAUCGAUAACGGACGCAAUCCUCGACGGCGAAUAUACCGACAAGCAGAGAGACAAACUGUGGCAACAGAAGCUGGAGGUUCUGGAGCUGUGCGAAAUGGAGAGAACUCUAUCUAUGUCUGGAAGCAGUUACGACCCUAGCCAGGGCACUGCACAGCAGUACGAGUUCCAUAAGUUCGAAACGCACCAGAGCAGACUCAGCGCAGACGUGCAUUCUCGCCCCGGCCGCUGCCAGUACAGGGCCUGCUACCACUGCGACCGCAAGCUUCAAGAGCGAACCUGGGUUAGUCUCAAUGAGGUCUGCAACAAUCCCGACGUCACGCCUCCGAGUGCCUGGGACUUGUGGGAGACACCUGUGUCGGACGUGAACUUGGUCAGGAACCUUGGUUUACGCGCUCCUUACCCUCCUGCCCCGCCGCCUCAUUUCACGCAGUACUCAUACCGUGCUUUUCACCGUCGUCGUAUAAGACGAACUUCACAUCUUGCGGGGUACGAGUCUUCUCUCAACAUGGGCGCUCUGAGCAACUUGUCAACGAUUGAGGAGAUAACUGAGGAGGUCGAGACCUUGAGCACUGAGAUUCGCAAAAGGGGCUAUGAUGUCUCCGAUGAUGAAGGGCACGUCCCGUUCAACGAGUCUGACGAAGAAGAACUUGAGUUCUCGGUCAACAGCCACCACGUUGGAGAAGAGUAA